GCGGCGGCAGCAGCUCUGAGGCGGCGGAGGAGCUCCGGUACAUGCCCGCAUUUCAUUCAGUGGUGUGGAGUUGCGCACACACACACACACACACACACACACACACACGCACUGCUGCUCGGUGAACAGGAUCUGACUGCUGCUUCGCACACUAUCACCAGGUGGCCACGUUGCUCUGGUAACAGCUAAGAUGUCUCAUCGGAGUGGGCAAGAGGACCCGGAGCGGUACCUGUUUGUGGACCGGGCGGUGGUCUACAACCCGGCCACACAGGCCGACUGGACGGCCAAGAAGCUGGUGUGGAUCCCCUCAGAGCGCCACGGCUUCGAGGCGGCCAGUAUCCGGGAGGAGCGCGGCGAGGAGGUGCUGGUGGAGCUGGCCGAGAACGGCAAGAAAAUUGUGAUCAACAAGGACGACAUCCAGAAGAUGAACCCGCCCAAGUUUAGCAAGGUGGAGGACAUGGCGGAGCUCACCUGCCUGAACGAGGCGUCUGUGCUGCACAACCUGAAGGACCGCUACUACUCGGGACUCAUAUAC